CUUCAAAUACCGAAUCACCAAAAGCCCUCGAAAUACCAAACUUCCCAGUGAUCAUCUUUUUAGAAACGUGUUUAAAAUGAGAAAAAAAGUCGGGCCGGGGUUUUCAAAAUUUUCUUCUGAUCGGGUCUUUGGUGAAAGAAAGGUCCUGAUUGACAUUCUGAUAAGCGAGGCGAUUAUAUUUUCGUUCAGAUUUUUUUAAUUGCAACAAUGCCGAGGUGUGGGAUUCAUUUACAAAUCCCAAUAUUCUCAUGCGAUAUAUCAUCUUUGGAACGUCUUUUGAAUGAAAAAUCUUUUCGAGAGCAACUUGUACUUUUUAGUGUAGAUUCUCAACAGACAGAAGCUCUAUCAAGUGAACAACAUGGACGAACAGUUGGGAAAAAUUCGUCGAAUACAGUUCCACUUUUAGAUGAACAUCGAAAAGAUUUUAUUCUAAUUUUGUUAAGAAUUCUUUAUGGUUCCUUACACACACAUGUUCCUCAAAGAGGAAAGGCUAGACGUAUUGCUAUUUUUCGUUUUUUGGCAAAUUGUUUAUCUGAUGAAUUGCAACUUUUUCUUCAACUUAUAUUUGGCCCUAUUUGUUCAUUUUUUGAAGAAAAUGACGAUACAAAGACCGAUAUUUCUAUUUCGAAAACUUUGAAAUCGCUUAAUAAUAAAAAGUCACAAGUUUCAUCAGUUUCUCUAAAUAAACUCAAAAGCAUUCUUGGCUCCUUAACAGACAUUUUCAUUUUUCUUGGUCCUUCUCUAAAUGAUUUUCAAACAAAUUUUCUUUUUAAUAUUUUGCUUUUAUCUGGAAAAAUAAUUUUGCUGCGUGACCAAAUGUUUUGUGAAAAUAAUUUAAUAGAGGAAGAAACUACGCCAUUAAUUAGACAAUUAAAAAACUUGAGACUUCUUUUUAUGGAAACGAUUACUAAGUUUCUUCAAACCUUUGAGACUCGUAUUAUUUUUGUUACUUCAAUUGAAACGUUUUUCAACGAAAUUUUGACUUCUUUAAUCGAAAAUAAAGGAAAGGUUGUUGCUUCUCAACAAAAGUGUUUGAUUUUAUUGCCAUCUUCAUUAAUUAAACUGUUUUGUUUUUGGAUAAAAAUAAGAAGAUAUCAACCAUUACUUAAUGUCCCCUUAUUGAUCCGAACUACUACAAAUUUGGAAAGUGAUGCUAUUGAAAAAACAAUAACUACUACACCUUUUUCAUUGCUUUGUGAUCAACUUUUAAUAUUCAAUAAAGAAGAUGUUAACAGAAUAAAAAAUGCACAUGUUGAAAUUGUGCAAGCUUGUAGUUUAUUGCUUAACUCUUUGGAUGAUCAAAUUUUUGUUCCAGAUGAAAACGAUUUUUCUUUAUUACUUCCUCAAGCACAAAUACAACAUGAGAAAAUCGAAACAAUUAAUGAAAACAGUAAAGGUAAGAAACUUUUAAAAAUUUUUGUUCUUGGAUCUCACUAUAAAAUACACCCAUGGAACAAAAAAGCCGUUCUUUUAUGA